CUUCACCCACCGUCGCACCAAAAGCAAGCUGCUGCAGGUCCUGCUUGCAGCUGCAGCUCGGACACUCCCACUCCCCCCCGUUUUUCUGCUAUCCGUCUUCCCGUACCGAUCUGGUCUCCUCCUCUCCUCUCCUCUCCUCGUACUCUCUCCUACACCUCCUUGGAGUCAGGAUAGUCUGCCUGCCUGCCCGUCACUCCAUUAGUCUACAUCGCCGGAAUCAUCCAGGAGAUGUGAAUAAGCGCCACACGGGUUGUGAACUGCGCUCCUACGUUUGCCUUGGACUACUCUCCGUUGUGUUUCCAGAUUUGAAAGCCUUGAGGCUAGCCAUUGGCCAUCCCGCCCACCCUCUUCCAGCAGCCCUCGAGCAGCGACUACUUGUGUCACUCAUCGCUUCCAUAUUUUCUGAUUCCAACAAACCGAAGCCGUCUUUACCUUCUCUAAUUCAAAAUGGCUCCAUCUCUGAGAGACCAUUCUUCCUUUGUUCGUCCAUCGACGCGUGACCGGCCUGUCACCAGGGACCAGGUCGACUCUUCACUCAUUAUCCCAAGCCGGACCUCAUCGCUGCAUUCACGCAUCACCCAACCCAUUCCCUCGACCCUCAACUUGAAACCGGCACAGCGAACCCCCAAGACACUGACGCAUGCCUACAUGGUCUGCGGUGUUGGCCGUGAGCCCGCCCAAUGGGUCAAGGCUCCACCGUCUGCUCAAGGUAAAGUCCAACAUAUGAAGGGUGCUGUUGGCCAGUUUUGGCUGCCUGAAAUCCUCGGCAGUAGCCCCAGACUAGAGCAGGACAAUGAUAUCGCACGAGCAUUGCAUGCUGCUAUGAGGGCUUGCUUUCCUCAUGAUGUUGAAAUUUGUACCGGAAAAUCGCAGCCUCACUGCGUUCAUCACUCGUUCGUCCUCCAGCAGGAUUCCUCCCACACUCUUUAUGGUAUCGCCCUGAAGGUUUGGUCUCGUGCCGAUGAAAAGCGCGCCGAGACCAUCCGCGACUUGCGUAAAAAGACAGAGCCCGAUUACUACGACAAUCCAGAUGAGACCUAUUGGAUCCCGUAUUGCUUGAGUUUUUUGUCCCGCUACCCCCUCUACGACCUUCUUGGUGAUUAUCUCCGAGGCAUGUGGAUUCACUGGAACAAAGCCACCAACCUCUUCCAUGCAGAGGAAGUCUCGCGAAUUCUGAGUUUUCCGGCGCCUCGGCUCAAUGACCUGGUUCGUAUUGACAUGAAAGACUACGCUCUUUGCUAUCAGUUCCCCUCCUCGCCUACUGGCUUCCAGAACUUCUCUAUGUGGCCGCUUUUUAACUGCCUGUCCAUCCCCAACAUCGUUGGCGUAAUCGAAGCAGCUGUUUCGCCAACCCGCCGUAUUAUCUUAAGUAGCCAUUAUCCUGCUAUUCUCACCGUUGCUGCUGAAACAAUCCGUUUCUGCGUUCGUGUCUACGAAUGGAGCGGCCUCUAUGUCCCAGUGGUACAUGCUCGCCAUGCUAAAGAGCUUGUUGAGGAACCUGGCCCUUACAUUCUCGGCAUUUCGGCUGAAUGCCGUUCUCUAUUUACCGCCCCGUCUGAUGCCUUGGUUGUCGAUCUCGACCGUAACUUUGUCUUGACUUCAAGCCCGCCCAACAUCCUGACGCCUAAUCAGCGCACCAAAUUUAUCAACCGUAUGACGCAGGCUCUGAAUGGUGAGGUCACACCAUCCGGAGUCCCCCCACACCUACGCUCUGCCUACGGCGGCGGCAAACUUGUUCCAGCUGGCCAGAUCAUCGUUAUGAAAGGUGAGGUCGAAAGCAUCCAGGACCCAGCCUGGUGGAAUCAAGAUGGAAUCAUGAGCGUCAUGGAUCAUGUGUGCGAGAAGCUUGGACGCAAUACUGGCAUGAAAGCAAUCUUCGGUGGUUCCGUCAAGAAGCCACUCAUGACCAAGGUCUCGAUGAGACAUCUCAACGAGAUCGUCCGUGAACGCAACCAGUACUCUCGAGAUGCCAUGGAGGCUUGGCAGGAUUUCAUCAACCUUAAAGGACGUCUCGACACAGAACUGUCCAAGGUUACCAAACGCAACAACUUCUUGGUGGAAGAGUUGGAGACCUGGAAGCAACAGUUCCUCAAAUUCCAAGCAUUUGCCGAACAGCUUACCAAAGAGACUUCCGAACUUAAGAUUAAAAUCGAAGGCCACAAGCGUGAAAAUCGCCGUCUCUCCGGCCUCAUUGACCAGCAGAAGGACGACCUUGCUCGCCUUACUCUUCGUCUUUCCGGGACCGAGAAGCAACGUGAUGAUGCUUUGGAGGCUCUAGUUCUGCAGCAGGAGAUUGCCGAGGAGCUGGAGCGUGAACGAAAGCGCAACAUAAACCAGCUCUCGGCGAUGGAACACCGCAAUGCCUCGCUUGCACGUCAGCGCGACGAAGCUCAACGUAUUGUGGUACACCUGCGUAGUUUGAUCGAGGGCCAGACCCACCAUAUGGAGCACAUUAUUCGCAACCUUACCGUUGCUCCUGACAUCAGCGAAUACAUUGAACAAAACUUGGAGAAUGCCCAAUCCCAGCUAGAAUCUUCUCGCGCUGAAAGCCCCAAGUCGAUGAAGCGCCUCUCGAGGCCCGGUUCGCGUGUGCGUAUGUCUAGUGGGUUUUCGAGUCGGUCCAGCAGCUUUGGAGAUACCAACAAUGUGACUCCCGAGAUGGAAAGUCAUCUCCAUAACAUGGACAAGUCACAGCGCCGUCUUUCUCAGAUGAGCAUGCCCGAUGUGACUGAUCGCUACCUGAGGGAUAAGACUGAUGCUAUCGCUGCUAUCAUCCGUAACAUCAGCGAGCAGUGUGCCGCUGCUGUUGAGGGCUUGCACCUAGCUCAGGACGCUGAAAAUGAGGAAGGCGUUUCUUCCAAGGACGCGGACAAUCUCGCUCCAUCUGAUAGCGGAACUCGUGAAGAAGGCAGCGAGCUGGGCGAGGGUGAGGGCAGCUACCUAAGCGCAGACAACCGCACUUCUAGCAUUCCUCCCACUCCGGAUCUCGUGCACAACCGCUCUAGCACCGCGAUGUCGAUGGUCAGCACCUCAACUCUCGCCGAGCGGUCCAGCCAGCAGUAUAACCCCGGAGAUAUUCCCACAAAGAUCGUCGAAGACGAGGACGAACACCUUCACGAAGCCGAGAACUACGGUGACAAUGAGACAGUAGCCGUUGGCAAGCAGCCUACUCAGGACAUUGUAACACCUAGCGUUCCCCGUGUUGUUUCUUAAGCGUGAUACCCAAUGAAAUGUAUUUAAAAGGCAACUGCUACGGGUCUCGCUGUCGGUGCGGUAUUCGGCCAUUUUCCAUAUUUUCGUCUUCGGCGUCGGAUGUGUCUUCUACUUUUGCCCUAUUUCACCUUUCUUCCAAUUUUUCAUGUUGAUGGAUGGUUCUUCGUGAAUGAAUAUUUCCUGCUGAUCUAAUUUGAUAUCGGAAUUUUCACCAAUAAAUUACGCCUGCUUAUCCCUCCCGAUUUUUCUCGUUGAUCUCGA